GGGCAGCGGCGCCCCGGCCCGCGCGCGGGGCGGCGGCAGGUGCACUGAUGUUUGCUGUUCUGUGUGAAGACCUAAACUGUUGGAGGCUGGCAGAUGCACAGGUGUUAGCUGCAAAGCCCCAGUAAGAGAAUGAGUGAGAGAGACAUACAAAGCUUGAGCAAAUGGAUUUUCGUGCUCACUCUCUGCCUGACCACGCUAUGGGGAAGACUGACACUGGCCUCCACCCACCACAGAAGCCAUCCAGUGCAUGUAGAGCCUGGCACGUGUGAAGUCAUUGCAGCUCACAGAUGCUGCAAUAAGAACAAGAUUGAGGAGCGCUCCCAGACAGUGAAAUGUUCCUGCUUCCCAGGGCAGGUGGCAGGGACGACGCGGGCAGCCCCCUCGUGCGUGGAUGCCUCCAUUGUGCUCCAGAAAUGGUGGUGCCAGAUGGAGCCCUGCCUCGAAGGCGAGGAGUGCAAGGUCCUGCCAGACCUCUCCGGCUGGAGCUGCAGUAGUGGCAACAAAGUGAAGACGACCAAGGUCACACGAUAGAUUCGGUGGCGCUCUGCUGUGGACUUGGUGGGUGAGCAUUGCUGUUGCAACGGCCAGGAUGUGGAGCGGUGCAACACAGCGCUGAUCCUGCAGAGAGAGGAACGUUUCGUGCUCCACAGAGCCACGAGCAGCAGGACUUUCUUGGCAGUAGACAGAUUACAGCUGUGCCAGAGAGCGCUGCAAUUCCCGAACACUGCACCACAUUGCCCUUGCUGCUGGGCAUCUGGUGGUGCUCUGUGCCUGCUGCACCAGAAAGCUGAAGCUUGCAGAGGCCUGACAGCGUCCUGCCCUGCGUUCCUGGGAAUGCUUCUCAUUCCAGUUCAGACCAUGCUAGGUAUUGGUCCAGUGGCACCAUGGACAUUCAGCUUUCCUUAAGGCCACAGUCAUGGGUCCUGAAUGCAGUUACAAGACUCCUGUCAUUCUAUGGCCCCCUUCCCCCUCAUGGACACUGUGGGCUCAUUCUCCCAUGCCAGUAAAUAAAAUUCUCAAAUCAUAUAAGAGCUGUUGACAGUUACAGAGAGAGAGAGAGUCAGCAGUCCCCCAAAAUGGCUUCGUUCUUUCAUUUAGGUAAAACAGUUACUGUGAGAAUCACCUUUCCCCCAUCUCCAAGAUCCUGAACCAGUGUCAACAUCUGGAAAUUGGAACUCAGUGUUCAUAUGAAGUCCUCCCUGCUGUUUGAUUCAUUGUUUUUAAGCCAGAUGGGUUUCCAGGAAAAGUCUGCAUGCUCUGGACCAGAUCCUGAUCUUGUUAUCCUUGCCUGAGUCUGGGAGGACUCUGCUGACACUGUUAGCAUUAUUUCCUCUCUCCCCUCUCUGCCCAUGUAAUCAUAACCCAGCCCCACGUGUGGUGAAAGCAGCAGUGCAGCCUUGGCUCCCUGACACCAUUCUAGAUGCUGGGGAUGGUAUAAUGCAGCCAUGGAGCAUGCUGCUGCUUUUUUCUUCCUUGGUAAUUGCAUUAAUCAGGUUAUUAGUUUAAUAUCUGUUCUUUACAGUGCAAGUCCCAGGCACCAAAUUACUUCUAAUGUUUGCAGUAGCAUUUCAGAAUAAUGCAAGGGGAAAUCCUUCUUCUUUCUGUUUGGUUUGUCAUGCCUGAUGCAGCCUAGACAGCUGUCCAGAGACCCAGACAGACUGAGGCAGACUUUGUUGCAUUAAUUCAAAAUAAAUAAAGAAAAAAGUACCCUGUCCCAGCAGUGAGCUCAUGUCCUUUCCCAGGAUGUACCCUUGUCCCUGAUAUUGUACUAGAGGGUGAGGCAGCGUGAACCCCGUCGUCCCAAAUUCCUCCAGGUACCACCAGCUCCAGAGCCACCCUGGCUGAGGGACCUGCUGCUGCUAUCUGCGGAGGGGCUGGGGGACCCAGUGAGCCUGUAUAGCCUUGCCGUUCUCCCCCAUGCCACUUCUGCUACCCGCUCAUGGGGCCAGUGGGAGAUGGUGUUACAGGGCACCAUUGCCUCGGGAGGGUGCGUGGAUGAAGCCUUGGGAAUGAAAAUACCCAAUGUGCAGCGCACCCCGAGCACCAAGUGCUCCCCAGGUGUGAGCAGGGCCUGCAGCAGAGAGCAAAGCAGCACUUCAGAGGGAUGCGGGUGUGUUUUGCAGCAGUUGACCUCUGCACUCCAUCUGAGCAACCUGCAGGACUUGUUAGUUAAAUGUUUUUGUAAUGGGGUAUG